AUGGAUCAAGACAUUCAAGCACAACCUGCUGGCGUCAGCGACCCCGCCGUCGAGAACAAGAUCAUCAACGAGGAGUACAAAGUCUGGAAGAAGAAUGCCGUCUUCCUCUACGAUGUCAUUUACAGCAGAGCCCUAGAGUGGCCUACCCUCACAGCCCAGUGGCUGCCCGAUGUCCAGUCCCUGCCUGACAAGAACUUUUCCACCCACCGUCUCCUGAUCGGUACGCACACCUCGGGCGCCACCCAGGACUAUCUUCAGAUUGCCACCGUCGACCUCCCCAACAAGCCUGCCGUCAACCCUGCAGAAUAUGAUGCCGAGAAAGAGGAGAUUGGUGGCCACGGUGCUGCCAAACAGCCCAUAUCGUUCAACGUCAUUCAGAAAAUCAACCACCCCGGCGAGAUCAACAAGGCCCGCUACAUGCCUCAAAAUCCCGAUCUUAUCGCGACCAUGACCAUUCAAGGAGAUGCUCUCGUCUUUGACCGCACGAAACACUCUUCCAUGCCCAAGACAAACCAGGUCGACGCUCAAAUUGAGUUGAAGGGCCACGAAAAGGAAGGCUUCGGUCUCGACUGGAAUCCCCACUUUGAGGGUCAACUGGCUACUGGUAGCGAGGAUCAAACUGUCCGCGUUUGGGACAUCAAUAACUUCUCCAAGACCGACAAGACCCUGACCACUGCUCGCAUCUUCACCCACCACAGUUCUACAGUCAACGAUGUGCAAUGGCAUCCCAUGCACGGAAAGAAUCUCCUUGGAACGGUCGCAGACGAUAAAACCUUCUGCUUGAUGGACCUUCGUACUGAUUCCAACUCGAAACCUGCCAUCAGAAUUACAGGCCACACAGACGCCAUCAACACUCUGGCUUUCCACCAGAAACAUGAUGUGCUUUUCGCUACAGGUUCGGCUGACCGUACUGUGGGCAUCUUUGACAUGAGAUUCCCCGAGCACGGCAAGAUUCACAGCAUGGAAGGUCACCAGGACGUCGUCACUAAGAUUGAAUGGCAUCCUCACGACCCCUGCAUUCUUGCCAGUAGUGGUGACGAUCGUCGCGUUAUCUUCUGGGACAUCAGCCGUGCCGGAAGCGAGCAAACACCUGACGACGCCGAGGAUGGACCACCAGAGAUCUGGAACAAGAACGACCCUUGGAUGAUGUGCUCGGUCGCCGAGGACAACCUCAUCCAGUGUUGGCGUGCCUCGAGAAAUCUGGUCGAAACCUUGCCUCCCGGUAUUCCACGCCGUGAAGUGUCCGUAUUGCAAUAG